AAAAAGGAGGAUGGGGUGGUCGGCCAGGAACAGCGCAGCCGGGAAGCGGAGACGAUGAGAAAAUGUCUUGGACUAAGGCUGCCGAGGGUGCCUUUUUGUUCAAGUCGGGCCAGGCUGUGUUGCGACAAAGGCGACAAGGCGACAAGGCGGAGGUUGAGAGGCGAAAGAUGGCAAGAGAGAGUGUGUGCGAGGAAGCGGGAGAGGAAGGGAAGAAGUCUGGAGAUUUGCAGAGCCUUUGGGGUUGGACGGCCAAAGUACAGCUGCCCAGCCGAUGCCUGUGGCUGUCCGCGGUACCGGUACUUCGUAAAGCAGCCACGCUAAAACCCGGCUUGACCCCUGACCAUGGCGUCACUGAGGCGCUACGGGCGACGGGGCAGCUGAUGGCGGCAUCUGGCCAGCGGGCCAAGGGCUGCUGGGGGGGCUGCUGGAGCCCGCUAGAGGCCGCUAGAGGCGCCGUGCGCUCGAGGUCGCAAGCAAGCCACAGUUGCUGGUGCGUGUACCGGUACCUGCCCUGCCAGCGCAACUCCAUGUACGAGGACUGCUUCUCGUCCAGGAUCGAGCUGUGGCUGGUGCAUCGCCUCAGGCGGCACAUUGUGGCCCAUUCUGGCAUCUAUGACGCGACUAUGAGGGCAGAGACCUGCGUUGUGCUGGCAAUAAUACGUUGCAUCAACCGGCAUAUCAUUCAUAGCAGGAGGCGAUGCUACCACAGUCGCGUGAACGCAUGGAGGUAUCUCUCUCAUCAAGGCUGGACAUCAAACGGAGCCCAAACCGAGUCGAUGGCGCUCAACUUUCGAGUCACCAGCUACCACUCCUUCGUACACGGGCCUUAUCACACGAGGCAACUGCACCUGCUGCGCUGCGCUAUGCCUCUCGGCGCACGAAUUCCAUACCUCGUACGGCGGGAUCGUGGGAUUGACGGAGUUGACGAGCAGUUGGAUUGGAAGCCGCCGGAGCAGAUGCGAUACGAGGGACGGGAUCACGCGGUGGACACAUCCCGGGCUUGUCGAGUGAUGACUACGGAGCAAUUACCGCUAACAAAGGACGUCCGCCCUAGUCUCGUGGGCAUCUGCCAUGUUGCCGUGAGCGAUUUUGAUAACAAACAGCGCACCCUUGGCCCGUGUUGGAUGUUUCAAAUUGGAUCCAUCGAGAGACAGACAUCUCGGGGCCAUGACCGUCAGGGCAAGUUUCUCAAAAGCUCAGUCCUCGCCUCGCACCGGCAGCAGCGAUUUCUUGGGUCCGUGACGAUUGUGUAUCUGGCCGGACGGGAGAGCAAGGACCAGGAUGCGGCCAGCAAAGAAAACCUCGACGAGUGCUUGGUGCUGGACAUGCCCCUGUACCUGGGCAAUAAGCAGAUGCAGAUGUACUUUUGCUGGCCACAACGGAGCAAGGUGAAGCAGCAGUCAGUCGUCUGCAGGAUGCAGAAGGAUCAGGAUGUCAAGUCAAGCUACCAACACGUCGACAUCUGUUCCCCGCAUGGAACCAGAAGCUGA